UUUUAACCUCAAAUUAUUAUCUGGAGUUUUCCAAAAAGGAUUUAUCGAACUCAGAGAAGCGCAUUGAAGUUCAUUCGAAGUUUUAUAGAAGCUUGCUGUGAAUUAUAUUUUCCUAACUUUUUCGUAACUUUAAACACUUUUUUCUACCCGUUCAUUCACUGUGCUCUUUUUUGUGUGUGUGUAAGUAAGUCUGCAGUGAAAAUUAUUUUGACCCAAGAGAGUUGUUCUAUGCCUUCAAGUUUUGUAUUUGUAGUUGUAACAUGGAGAGUUACCCUAUAAUUUGUCAAUAUUUGUUCUGCAAAUCAAUCCUCGUUUUAUCAAUUGUUACAUUAUCAACUCCGCUCAUGCCUUAUCAACCUGAUGACAAGUCCUUCUCGACCAAAAUAAAGGCGGACACAUGCCCUUCCCCUGUGAAAAACUAUUUUGACUCGUCAACAAGUAUAUCAAAGUUUUGUGAUUUUAGUGCUUCUCUUCCCUAUUAUUCUGACGAUCAACCAUUAUUCUGUAAUGGGUUAUUUGAUCUGCAUUCUUCUCUCUGUGCUGUUCUUGCUUCAACGAACAACAGCUUUGGAGACUCUCCCACUAACAGUUUAGUUGUCAGUCAGACAGAGAAUGUAGCCGAUUUUUGCAAGAAAUGGAAAACUCAGUCCGAGGAGGGACUUACAUCGGAGUUAUUCAACCAACAUAGCUUUUCAGUUAUCACCAAAAAAUGCCGUCGCGUGUGUGGAACCUUAGAUGAAGAGGAAAAAGUUAACCAAAUGUGCCCUUUGUUGCUGAGAGGCUCUCAAAUUCUAUUGGAAAUGCGAAAACCAUCCCAGGAAUCAGAUUCAAGAAAAGAAUCCAUCUCUAAAAGUGUUAGUUCAGUCGGGGAAAUUCCCUCAGGAGCAAAUAAUAAAAAUGUCAAUCAGGGUAACUUAGAAGCAAAGGAAGCAAAACCCUCUAAUACUGCAAGUAUCCCAACAGCAGUCGGAACUUCUGAAAAUGUAGGAGAAUUGUCACCAAUUAAGGACGAAGUUAUAGAAACCCCUGACAAUUUAGAAGAAGCAUCCAAAAAACUGAAUGAAGGUUCAGAAUUUAAAGAGCCACCACCAUCAAGUACGAAGGAUGAUGUGGAAAAAACUUCACCAAACAAGGAAAUAUCCAGUAAACCUCAGGAUAGCUCGCCCAAAAGAACAGACAUGGAUCCUCUUUUAACUGCUGUAAAUGGCCCACCCAUUGAAGAAUUGAAUCCUGGUAUCGACCCAGAGAGACAGAAUCCUUUGCCACUUGAAGAAAUAGACAAUGAGGGUAAAGUGGAGUUGCUUAAUAGAACUCCCGAAGGAGAUAGAAAAAACCCCCUGGGCCGCCCGGACAUCAACAAUGGAAAUGUUCAGCAUGAUAAUAAAUUAGAAGAUCCCAAUCUAAACCCCUCAAAAGCUAAAACUGACAUCCAAGAUCCAAAUUAUGAGGAUGAUGAAGACAUCAACAAUCAAAAUUCCGUUGCUGAGCUGUUGAGUUCUAAGAAAGAAUUUCCUGAAAGUGAUGUUUUUGUGGAGGCGGAAGAUUCCAAGUUUUUUCAGUGCUUCAUGAUCAUUUCAGCAGCUUUUAUACUUGGUUACGUAGCAAUAGUCAAUAAAAAAAAGUUAAUAGCACUUAUUGUGGAGGGUAGACGUAGUAGCACCAAGCGUCGACAUCACUCAGCAAGCUAUAGCAAACUUGAUUCCAACCUUGAGGAAGCUUUGAGUUCAAAUCAUACAGCUGUUUUCUCUAGUCAAGUUUUAUAUUGAUUUGCAUACUGAAACGUUGUAGCCACUAUACUAUGUAUUUCCUUAUUGAGUCAUGGGAAUAAGGAACUACGUUACCUUGCACUUGAUCCCUGAAAGGGAUACGUAGAUAACAUGGAAAUGGCCAAGACUGAAAAAAAACCACAUGGACACCUCAACAUAGUGGUUUUAAUUUGGUUCAUCAAUUUCUAGUCGCUGCAAGGACUGUAGGAAAUCAUUUUCUCCCUCAUUGUGACUUGUCGAAAAAGAACCUCUGCUCACAUAUUGUCAACAGGCUUUGUGGAAUGGUGUAAAAAAGGUCAAAAUUAGGUUGACAGUUCUUGAUGGCACUUAUCGGGUCCUGUAUCUGAAUUGGUGUGGAAAGUCUCAGCUUCAAAUGCUGUUUGGGGUACUUAAUGGACUUUUUCUGAUUAUGCACACAAUUCUAUGAAAAGGUGGAUACUACACAAUUUGGAGCCAGUAUCUAAUGACGUAGCUUUUGUGUUGUGCCUUCAGUUUUAGUAUUGCUGAGUGUUCUUUUUAUUUUACUGAGUUUCUAAAGAAUGGCAAAUUUAAAUAAUAGUAUCAGAUUUGACCAUUUUAUGUACAUUCUUGCAUAGAAUGAAGCAAUCUCUUAAUGAGUGUUGUACUGUACCUUCUCCAACUUUGCCGAUAGGAAUAUUUGAUACUCACAAAAUCUUCUGAGAAAUUCGUAAUACCUGUGAAAAAAUCGGUAUAUUAUUAUGAUGCAGGGUUGAAAUAGCCUAGAUCCUUAGUUAUGCACCAUAUAUAUUGCACUCAUUUGGUGCAGUUGUUAAAUUGAUCUAUGUCCAAUGAAAAAUUUGAAAAACACUGUAUCUUCAGAUUGUAGUGUUUUCAAAGGUAUGCUCGCUUUUGAAGCUCCCAAUGCCAGUAAACUACUUUUGCUGUGUAACAUCUAAGUGUGAGGUAUGGUCAGACAAAUAAUAGCUGAACUCGACAAAAGACUGAAUAGGUAUAGCCUUUAGAAAAAUGAUGUAUCACAGUUUUCAAGGAAUGUUUAGUUUUAACACUCUCUACAGGUAUCCAUCAUUGUUGAGGAAAAUGAUUUGUCGGAAAGUAAGGAAACAGUUGUAACAAGGGUUUUUUUUGGGGGCGAGAGAGAUCUAGUCCAGUGAAAGUCAGCAGGAAAACUUGCAAGAGUGGCUGUAUGGAGCAACAACAGGUUGGCAUUUGUAAGGGAAAGAGGAGGAGAAGAUGAUGUGAUUUCUUAGAGUAUCGUAAGUAAAAAUUGAUUUUCCUAUUCGGAGAUGGGUAAAAGAAUAGUUUAGGUGCACUAAUCGGGUGCAAGAGGAGGGAUUUGUCCUUUGUAAUUAAGAGCUUCUGCCUAUCAUGGCUUUCAGAGGAUGAAAGCACCUUCUAACUGAUGGGACAAGCGAUAGGAGAAAAGAUACUAGUGUCCUUAACAUGGUUUUGCUAAAAAUAACAUUUUUUUCCACAACGUGCACAAAAUACACCAUUGAAACCAUCACCACGAAUGGAACUUUUUGUUGGUAACCAACAGAUUUUCCUGUUCUAAAAGUUAGUCUGAUAAACAGUCUGACCAAGUACCUGAAGGUUUAGAACUGAUAACUUGAAAUUUGUAAGAAAUGGCAGAUAAAACAUCCAGUUUUGCCAAAAUUCACCUCAUUUUCUCUCUGAACAGAAUGUCUCAAACUGAUAACCAGUGCACUAUUUGAGUAUUUUGAAACUCUUCUCUAAAUUUCAUGUGCACAAAAAGCAAAGUGCUUUGAUCUUCAUUAAUUCUAAGUUUACUUUUUAGGUAGGAGAGUCUAUGAGAUCUCAAGGGAGGGGGAAUAGAGACUUAUCGACUCUCUACAUAUUACCCUAGUCAAAAGGAAUAAUUCACUAAAAGUUUGAAUUAUUUACCUACUUCGAUGGGUCCUCAUGACGUUUAACUGUGUAAAUACAACAUAUUUUUUUUAGAAGACUUCUUUCUUUUUUUUAAAAAAAAAAAAAUGAAAAAACCCUAUAUGUUUUAAAUAAUGUUUUUUUAAAAAACUUGUUUUUGUAGUUAUACAUAUAUUAUUGUCCUAAUAAUACUUUAAAAUUAAAAUGUGUCCUUCAUGAACUAAUUAAUUUCCUUAAUUUUUUGUAAGUUUAACUGUUAAGUUUUAAAAGGAGUCUGAUAUGGAGUCGGAUAAAGAUACACCCAGUCACUUCAAAGGCAGUGGAGGGUCUGGCAAAAAUUUAAGUCCAAAAAUUGGGUUUUUCAUACUUUUCCAUCUGUUUUACUUCCACUCCCAUUUUUUCUGGUGAAUGAGUUGCAAGAGGGGGGGGGAGGGCUCCCCCCUGUACUCCAUUUUAAUCCGCUAUUAUAAGAAGAUUUUUGGUGAAAAGCAACCGACCUCCAUCAAAGUCAUCCUCCAAUAUAUUUAAGAUCAAAUAGAAAGAACAGCUGUAAAUUAUUUGAGUACCUAUGCUAUAGAAAUUUCAUCAUUUUGCACUAGCAAUAUGAUACAAUUCUCAGAAAUUUUUUCUGCCAGAGAGGAACCACUUUUUUCGGGGAAAAUAAAUUCUAUACAUUUUUAUGGUCAUAUUUUUUAUGAUCUGGGAGGAUAGAUACAUGUGGCGUUUGGGUGUCGCAAAACGCCAGAGUGCGUUGUAGGAGCGACUUUAUAUAUUUACUAAACAAAUGCUUCUAUUGAAAUUUUUUUGUGAAUUGUCCUCUUACACUCAAAAAAAUUUGCACAAAAUUGCAAGAAAACAUUUUAAUUAGUUUCCCUUGGAGAAUAUUAAACAUAAUCAGAGAUUUUGGUACCUAUCAAUUGAGAUACGCAUUUUUCACAUUUAACCAUUGAUAUUUACUUUAAUUUGAAAUGUCUUGAAAUUUAGUUAAUGUGGGUUAGUUUUUGUAAAAAAUAUUGAAUGGAGCAGCUGCUCCUCGUGAUUUUAAAUUGUUCUGACCAUUCUAUUAAGUAACAAAUUGUAGGACUUUUACCUAAUACGUUUUAAAAAAUAUGCACUUAUGCAGUGUUUAUUUUGGAAAAAGAAAACAAAGUAAAAUGAAAUAAAAUAAAAAUUAGCACCCAAUCCCAAAAAAUAAUACUCAUUAGGUCUACUAAUUACUUGUCAGAUGAAGUUACUUGCUAAGUGUCACUUCAAAUUUUUAUAAAAAGAUCGGCUCCAUUGUCUUGAACUCUAUUCUAUACACUUUUCACCUUUUUAUCAUUUAUUUAGGUAUUCGUAUUUAUGUUGAUAUUUUUAAAUGACACCCUAUGUUUCUUCAUGCUUUCUUAUUAGCUUUUUUCUGUUCAAACGUAAGUUUUGUGUGGUAGCAGGUAAUUUCUCCUAACUUUUCAGUCUCUGAAAGCUCAACUCAUGUAAAUACUCAAAAAUUUGAAUAAAUUUUGUUAAUUUCCUCCACAAA